AUGGAGAUGGAGGGAGGCGGCAAUGUUAUACAUAAUUUCAAUGAAGUUCUCAACAUCAGCGCCAAGCUCAGCAGCAUCGGCACUAAGAUGGAGGACGAAGACGUGGCGAUUUGCUUGUUGCGCAGUCUCCCCAAGAGCUACGAGAACGUCGUGCUGAACUUGGAGAUGAGCAGCGUGAAGCUGCGGUCGCAAGACGUUGUAAAAGUGAUAACGAAUGAGCACAUCAAGAGACAAAGAAACACGAUAACAUCAAUAAAGACUAAAGAAUCGACCAAGGUAUUCAGCACCGAGCUUGAAUUCCGUCAAUGUACGUUCUGCGAAAAAUUGGGGCACACGGUGGAAAAGUGCUGGUCACUUGCAAGCACAAGGAAGACAACCGAGGAGCUUGACGCGGCAGCUACAAUGCUCGAAAACACGGGGCAAAUUAAGUCCAAUGGCAAGGCUACAACGGCAACGGCAACAACUACGACUAUGAUCGACUGGCGUUUGCUGUUUCACUGGAAUGCGACCUUUUGA